AUGCAGCGUGCUCAUAUCCGGGCGAAUGAUACUCAGAAACGGCAUCAAUACCAGAGGUUCCGUGACACCUUUCGCCAGCAAUUUAAAGCUCGUUCUUCUACUCCGGUCAAAAAGGAAAACGGGGAGGAGAGAUACCCUAAAUACCCUACAUACCCUCAUAUUUCUGACUACGUUCGUGAUGCUGGAUUGAGAAUAUUUAAAAGGGAAAACCUAGCAAGAUUGAGCUCUGCUUUUGAAUUACCCAACACCUAUAGAGUCCAACCUGCUCCUUCCACGCCCACCCCCCUUGCUGCUACGUCUUCGCCCUCUGUGUCAGAUGGCGAUGGCGGGUUAUUAGAUUCCUACACCUCGGACUCCGAAGCAUCAGCGGUUACAGCACGUUCGCCCACACCGGAGAUAACCCGUCCCCCCACUCCUCCACAUCGAUAUCGAGGUAUCGAUGGUGUUUGUGUUUCUGAAUACAUUAGCACAUUCCAGAAUAACCGCCUUUUAACCGUUAAGCGAAAGUUUGAGGUUCUGCCCGGAUCUAGGGUAACAAGAAACAUGAAGAGGAUGCCUGAGCGUCGGCCCAUUACUUGGAGGAGUCCAGACGGCUUUUUCAAUGCGAAGCCGAUUAAUACCACUUCACAGAAUAAUGCCAUCAUUAACUAUUCCCGCGGCCGCGAAGCAGCUGAACCAUGCACUAAAUGCGCAGCCGGCAAUGGCCCGUUUGCGCAGUGUAUCGUUGGAGCUGACCGGGCCAAUUUCCAGGACGGCAAGGGAGCCUGUGCUUCGUGUAUCUGGUCCCACCAAGCGACUUCUUGCUCUCUACGACCUGACUACUGGGCUACUGAUACUGCAUAUGUUGACCAGGAUACCACCAUCCCGGAUAUGCCUGCUCGUGAAUUGGCCACCAAUGGAGACCCUGUUUCUAGAUCCGCUGGUUUUGCUUCCAUAGCGGAACAUCGCUAUGUGAGGCUGUCCUCUUCCCUUGAUAACGAGAACCCGAUCUCUAUGAGGUUGGCCAUGUAUGAAGCCAGGGACACUUUUUCUAUUUUAAAGGACAGCCUACCUCCACUGAGGCGCUGA